AUCAAGGUCACUGAUCGAUCGGUGGAACUGAACAUUCGAUUAGGGUUUCGUUAGUGAGAAACUCUAAGUUCAAAUGUUGAUGAGAAGCAGACGAGACGAGGCUAAAUCAAGUUGAAACGUAUAUGAAGCCAAAUAUGUUCAUCUCACAUGCAGUCGCAAGUUACAGCAUAUAAAAAACGCGAUAUGACACAAGAAGUUGAAGAGUUUCACUAAGCUAAAGAAUUGAUCGAUGUCAUACACUGAAAAAGAUCGGCUGAGAUCGUGGAUUUACCUCGCAAUUGUCUUCUUUACUGCGUUACCGAUCAGUGGUGUAUUUUAUUCGUUUGGCAUAUUCAUCGACAUAUUUUUGAAAGAAUAUGGCGGAACUAAUUCGAAAGCAGGCUGGGCCGGUUCUGUUUUGCUGUGUAGCCAAGGAGUAAGUUCACUUGUUGGCGUUUAUCUUUUUCGUUAUUUCGGAUUACGACCCGUUAUGUUUGUUUCUGCAGCUCUUGCAGCUCUUUCUUUUUUGUCAACCUCAUACGUGCCAAGUCUGGAAUACGUUUUCUUGACUUACUCCAUACCAUUCGGGAUUGCGUGUGGAUUCUACGAGUGUGUCACUGUCGUAAGUUUACGAGAGUAUUUUAGAAUUUACCUUGGUCGCGCAACAGGAGUACGCUACGCAGGACAACGAUGUGGGCCAAUGCUAUUUAGUUAUUUGAUUCCAAUCAUUUUCGACAUAGCAGGAUGGAAAACAAUGAUGGCUUGCUUCUCCAGUUUGGGUUUGAUGUUUCUUCUUCUGGCUAUUUCAUACAGGCCGCCUUCAGACCUCGACUGUGCAGACGGUGGUAUGCUGCGUAGAAAACAAGAAAAUAAUGUUAAAAUAGUGGAUUGUUUGCAUGUAACUCUGUCACUGCUGAAAGAUAGACGAAUUUUGUUGAUACUUUCUGGAAAUGCCUUGUUUUCCGUUGUUGAGUACAUUCCGAACAUGUUCGUGAUUCAAUACGCAAGAUCGCUAGGAUAUCCAAUAUCGAAAUCAAAAUGGCUGUUAGUCACCUUUAGUUUGCUAUCUAUAGUUUCUCGGUCGACUUUUGGAUGUGUUGCGGAUUACGUUAUGAAAUUGAACAAAAUGAGUGUUUUGCUAUCAGCUGUAGUUGUCCUUUUUGGAAUAUCCAGUGCGUGUUUUUCAUCCACGCAAUCUCUGGUGAUAUUGGCAGUUUAUAUGGGCGGAAUUGGGAUACUGGAUGGCAUGUAUUGGGUGAUGUUAUCAUUCGUUGCUAUGGAAAUCUCAGAUCCACGGCACUCGGAUAUAGUGUUCACGUUGAUACUUUUUUCCCAAGCAUUUGGGUAUUUAAUAGGGCCCCCUGCCAUAGGGUUUUUCUAUGACCUGAAUGGCAAUUUUUCUCAUGUCCUUUAUGCAGUCGGAGCAGCCGCAGUUACCGCAGGAAUUUUUAUUCUUGCUGGGGCUUUGUUGAAACCAACCAACUCACAACUGCUUCGGAAAAUGACUAAAAGCUUAGUCGGAACAAGCGAAUUAAAAUGCAGCUUAGUUGUGUUUGAAAGGGAGACUGUUCUUUAAUUCGGUAGACAAGUUAGGGUGACACGAUAGGGGGGGUUGUCGAAUCAAGAUACUGAUAUUGACAAAUUAUAUCAUCAACGAUAUACCGACAAAUUAUGUAUGACAAUAUACAAAUAUAUGAAAAUAUUUAUAUAUAUAUAAAAAUAUAUA